AGGGGUUGACCGCUAAAAGAAAACAAGUUCCUGGAACAGAAGAGUGAGGUGGGACGAAGCGGUUCAAAGUGAGCGGUUCCUCAGGGGCUUGACUCCUCUGCUCAGUCCACCGCCACCUAAAACUCAAGAGAAACACGGCAGUGGGUCAGCUGUCAUCCAGAGAUCAAGCCGCGGCUCCGUGGACCGGAGGGCGCGCGCGCCCGCGCGUGGGCUCUCACGUGUCACUUUGUCAAAAAAGGGUUUGCGACACGCAGCAAAGGUGAAGCACCGCGCUGAUGACACUUCAGGGAACUUAGCUGAAGCUCGUUUUUUUUAAGUUUUUUUUUUAGGAUACGCUGGGCUUCCGGUGACCUCGUUUCAGCCAUGAGUGGAAAGGGCUGUCAGCUCCUGGUGUCUCCUUGCAGCGUGUCCCCAUCAUUAAGCAUGAUCAGAGGUCACCAGCCCCCGUCCAUCAGAAUACCCAUGGCUUCCCCACAACCGGCCACAUUUGGUUCCUACUCCGGCAUGGAGAAAGUGAAACGAGGAGCCAUUCACUCUGUCGUUUCUGGGAAACCGAGCGGAGGCCAUGUGGUCCUACCGACCCUGAGUCUCCGUAGGCAGGUGCUGACCAACGGGACGCAUCUGAGCGUUUCGUCCGCAUCUCCACAAGCGGUCAUCCACAGUCAUCACGUCACAACAGAAACAGUGACAACCGGCAUACAGGCGGGACGCUGCUUCUCUAACAACAGCUUCAAAGCUGACUGCUCUGGUUCUGGGGCUACCAUGGAAGUCUUUGGUCAGCCAGCCGCUGCUAACCUGACAGUGACCAGCAUUCCCCUGACGAUUGUCACAGGCCAGCAGCGUACUGCCAGGCCUGCAGCGCAACAGCCUCCAACACAUCCACACAGUGUGCAGAUCCCCCACUCGGAUGCCAGAUCCUUGCAGUCCAGAGAAUCCCUGGCAUCCACUACCCUUAGUCAGUUUGAAACACAGUCGAUGUUUAGUGGCCGACAUGACUGGUCGUACGGCUACCGCGUGCUUCCCCCACUGGGUCCACCUCAGUGCUCCACCCAGGCCGGCGAAGGAGCGGAGCUGCUCGGCCUGCUUCCCGGCACGUCCAUGUCCGGCACGAACGUAUCAGGCGGUACCAGCACCUCUGCUUCGCUGCCCUCGUACCUGUUUACAGGUGAUGCCGGAAGCCCCAGGCAGUCACGGGCCAAGAAGAGAGCGCUCUCCAUGUCGCCUCUGUCCGAUGUCAUGGGCAUUGACUUCAACUCCAUCAUUCGCACUUCACCUACGUCCCUCGUGGCUUAUAUCAACAGUUCCCAGAGCUCACCCGCCUCCCACCCCACACUCUCACCGGUCCAAUCCGAAGGUUAUGGUCACUUCCUGGGUGUGAGGGGCUGCAGCAUCCCCCACGCCCAUCCCUACGGCAUGCCGGGUCCUUCGCAAGCUCUGGCCCCUCAGACCGAUCACUGCUGCGUGCAGAUGCUUGAAGACGGAGGGGCCCUGGAGAGCCAGAUGGCCAACAUGGUGGUGGACCAGCAGUUCCUCCCUGGGGAAGGAGGCUUCCUGGAGAAGAGAGCAGAGAGCUGCAGCCAAAACACCAACAACCUGCUGCCACUUCCACGGUUACUGCCAGGCCUGUUGGCUACUAUCCAAGAGGCUGCUACACCACAGGGGCCUCCACCACCCUACCACUCACACCAGCACAUCCACCUCACUAGACAGUACUGUAAAAUAAAGUCCCCUUCUCAGUUCCCUGUACCACAAGCUCCCGUGGUCCAUCACAGGCAUGGGGUCAACUUUCUACCCCAGGUCCCCAUGCUGGAGGAAGAAGAAGGUGAGCUGGAGGACUAUGGCGCACACUGCUGCAGGUGGUUGGACUGUAGUGCAGUCUAUGACCAAAGGGAGGAGCUGGUAAAGCACAUAGAAAAGCUACACGUGGACCAGCGGAAAGCUGAGGAUUUCACGUGCCACUGGGUGGACUGUCCACGCAGCUUCAAGCCCUUCAAUGCCCGAUACAAGCUUCUUAUCCACAUGAGGGUCCAUUCAGGAGAGAAACCCAACAAGUGCACGUUCGAGGGCUGCAAGAAGGGUUUCUCUCGACUAGAGAAUCUGAAGAUCCACCUGCGUAGCCACACGGGGGAGAAACCCUACAUGUGUCAGCACCCGGGAUGUCACAAGGCUUUCAGCAACUCAAGUGACCGAGCCAAGCACCAGCGUACGCACCUGGACACAAAGCCGUAUACCUGCCAGGUGCCUGGCUGUGCAAAGCGCUACACCGACCCCAGCUCCCUGAGGAAACACGCAAAAUCCCACUCUACCAAAGAACGGCAGUCACGAAAGAAGAUGAAACGCACUGCUGAUGUGACUCAAGACACCCUGACAGACUGCUUAACCAUCCAGCCUCUGCAACCAAGCCUGUCUCCUCUGGUGAGGAUACAGCUGAACUCUCCUCCUUCUGCAUCCCGUGAGUCCUUCUGUGCGGCUUCACAGGGACGAGACUCCUCCAGCAAUCCUGACCUGGCUUUGUUGUGCUCCUUACAAGAUGAAUACAGGUUUGUUGAUCCCUCCCCUCACCAGCUCCUCCCCGGGGACCAGUGCGGGCGUUGCACUCCCCCCUGCCUCCCUCGCCCUCCCAAUGGGACCUCACUAGAGGACAAGCGAGAUCUGGAGAACGCCAGCCAGCCUCCUGAUCCGGCAGAUCACAAUCCAGCAGGUGGCUGGUAAUUUACCUUGUGAGACAGAACCAGGCAGCUCUACUUGAUGCACCUUUAAAUAGAUAUCACCUCUUUUCCCUGCGGACUUGACAGCCGCCGCGAUGUUGACAAGGUUCUCAGAUACACACAAUUCAGUCUUAACUGCCGAGGAAAUAAAGACACGGUUUGAAAAGAUUAAUUUUCAAGGUCCAAUGUUACGUUUCUACAGGAAUGCUUGAUACAAGUAGAAAAAACUACAGACACUAAAUGAGUUGUGCUUUACAAUGUGGAUGGAAGAGUAAAACUCUUAACAUUGUCCCUCAGGGCAGAUUACAAGGCUAUAUUCUCCACCACAAUAUGACGAAAUCACCGCACAGCCCAGCUUAAGUCACCUGGUGCAAGCUGA